UCUUUCUUAUUUCUUUUAUUUUCUUUUUUUUUUUUUUAAUAUUUCUUCUUUUUUUUCUUUUUUUUUUUUUUUUUUCUUUCUUUCCUCCGAAGCAGACCCUUUUGGAGGAGCAGCAGCCGCGGAGGGGCCGAGCAGGGAGGAUGGCCGGGGGGCGCCUCCCGGGGCUGCUCUUCCUCUUGCACGCCGCGGCUCGCCUGGCUGCCGAGCAAGAAGUUGAAAAUCUCUCCGGGCUCUCCCCUAACCCCGAAAAGGACAUUUUCGUGGUGCGGGAAAACCGGACGACGUGUCUCAUGGCGGAAUUCGCCGCCAAGUUCAUCGUCCCCUACGACGUGUGGGCCAGCAACUACGUGGAUCUGAUCACGGAGCAAGCCGAUAUCCCGCUGCCGCGGGGCGCCGAGGUGAAGGGCAAGUGCGGCACCAACGAGUCGGAGCUGGAGAUCUCCUGGCUGGAGCAAGCGUACACCCUCAAACUCUUCUUCCUGAAGGAGGGACACAACACGUCCCGGGGGCUGGAGGCGUUCUGGAGGCUCAGCCGGAUCCAGUUCACCUACGACACCACCGAGCGCACCUACUUCAAGGGCGCCGUCAGCCUCGGGAAGCACACGGCCAGCUCGCACCGGCUGUCUGCCCUGGUCACUCCAGCUGGGAAGUCCUACGAGUGCCAGGCACAGCAGACCAUCUCCCUCGUCUCCAGCGACCACCAGAAGUCUGUGCAGCUCUUGCUGUCGGAAGUGCGUGUCCAGCCCUUCGACAUCACCGCGGAUUUUGUCUUCAGUGAAGGGCCGCCGCUCAGCGCCUCUCUGCCCGCAGACGCCGCGGCUCGCCUGGCUGCCGAGCAAGAAGUUGAAAAUCUCUCCGGGCUCUCCCCUAACCCCGAAAAGGACAUUUUCGUGGUGCGGGAAAACCGGACGACGUGUCUCAUGGCGGAAUUCGCCGCCAAGUUCAUCGUCCCCUACGACGUGUGGGCCAGCAACUACGUGGAUCUGAUCACGGAGCAAGCCGAUAUCCCGCUGCCGCGGGGCGCCGAGGUGAAGGGCAAGUGCGGCACCAACGAGUCGGAGCUGGAGAUCUCCUGGCUGGAGCAAGCGUACACCCUCAAACUCUUCUUCCUGAAGGAGGGACACAACACGUCCCGGGGGCUGGAGGCGUUCUGGAGGCUCAGCCGGAUCCAGUUCACCUACGACACCACCGAGCGCACCUACUUCAAGGGCGCCGUCAGCCUCGGGAAGCACACGGCCAGCUCGCACCGGCUGUCUGCCCUGGUCACUCCAGCUGGGAAGUCCUACGAGUGCCAGGCACAGCAGACCAUCUCCCUCGUCUCCAGCGACCACCAGAAGUCUGUGCAGCUCUUGCUGUCGGAAGUGCGUGUCCAGCCCUUCGACAUCACCGCGGAUUUUGUCUUCAGUGAAGAACACAAGUGCCCAGUGGACCAGAGGGAACAGUUAGAAGAAACCCUGCCUCUGAUUCUGGGCCUGAUACUGGGGUUGGUUAUUGUGAUAACCCUCUGCGUUUACCAUAUCCACCACAAGCUGACAGCCAACCAAGUGCAGAUUCCUCGGGACAGAUCUCAGUACAAACACAUGGGCUAGGGGAGAGCAUCGAGCAGCCCAAAUACUUAUCAGGUAGAAAAAGCAAAAGCACUUUUUUCUAAGGGUGAGGAAAGAUUAUGGGGGGGCGAGAGACGGUAUUCACAACACCUAAUGGUGGAUAUUUCAUGAAAGCACACACGUUAAGGUUAGGCUUUAAUACAGUUAGUGCAGAGACAUAACUGUCUCUGUAAGAAGACUUGAGAGCAUCUGAUUUUGGGAGUCUGUCUGUGGCAGUAGGUGGUAUGAAUACCUUCUUAAGCAGCUGGGCCAAUCAUCUGGAAACAGAAAUGCUUCACAUGUUAAAGUUUAACACCAGGGGCAAAAUUAGCUUUUUUUUUUUCUUUUUUUCUUUUUUUCUUCCCCUCUCAAGAGCCUCUUCCGUCCCCAACAUGCUGCUCUGUGCAGCAUUCAGCCCUCUCCAUUUAUGUCUCUGUGCAGGGAGCAGGGCAGGGGGACAGAGCCAUUAGACAGGCUUCAUUAAGGUCCUCUAACAAAGGGACUCAAGUCACAUUCCUGAAUUUGCAGUCAUGUCAAGGAAAGCAUGAAGGCAAUACAGGUGUGUUUUGAAAAAAAUAAAUGCCAGAACCUCAAGUCAGUAUAAACUGGAGUAACUCCAGUGCAGCAGAUUGCAGCCAGCUGAGGAGCUUUCCCCAUGCUUGAGUCUAAGUGAAGAAAGCUUGUUUUUGCUUCUUGAGCCACAUCUGAAAGUUUAAAAAAUAGUUUAAAAAAAAAAAAAAAAGAGUAUUGAUACACAAAUUAUAAAGUGCCAUGCUACUGCAAGUCAACUGAGAAAUGCUUCUGGCUGGACAUCCUGCACGUGUUGUGAUUGUCGUUGAGAUGUUACAUUGCUACCUGCAACUGGUAUUUUCACAAUGAAAAACAACAACAAAAAAAGAAAACAGAAAUGUUAAAGUUACUAUGCAGAUUAUUCAGGUAUAAUCUAAUGUAACAGAAAAAAAAUAUAAGGGAACCCUUGAAAUCUAUCCUUAAAUGUAGACCAUUUUUAAAAUUAAUUAAAACAUAUACAUAAAUAACA